AUGCGGCACCCUCCCGCCCAGCACGCCGCUCCCCUCCUUCCGCGCCUCGCUAUCGAAACACUCCAGCAAGAUGCGCUCGUCCCCGGUCAUCCCGCUCAGAUAAUACCAUUCCUGGCCUGGGUGGUACCGGAUCGCCGCCGUCUGGCCCGUGUAGCCCGUCUUGACGUACCGGUGCUCGAUGGGGACGACGUCGUCGUUGCGCAGUGUGGGCCGCCACACGUUGAUGAUGCGGUACCGCCCCGCGAGCAGCGCUUCUGCUUCCGAUGGGGACGAGGCGUGGCGGUGCACGCGCUGUGCGGCGGACGAGGCUGUUUGGUCGAUGUGUACCCGCGCAACGGGGCCGCGCGGGAAGCGAUCAUCAACAUGCAGGAGGCGCUCGACUUCGGGGUAGUAGUUCUUUUCGAUGGAGGCGUCGUCGGUGAAGGAUGUCUCCGAGGACGGCGGCUGGUUGAGGAGGAUCUGGAAGGCGUCCUUGUCGAGCGUGAAGUCGGCUUCCCGGCCGCGGGCGUCGUGGAUCAGAACCUCGUGGGGGUCGGUGCCGAAGUUGUUGGGCUUGAGACCUGCGGGAACGUCGCCUGCAAGGUUAUUUCCACCACUUCGCACAGCGACUUUGUAUGGGCCGUCAUCACCGCCGUCGCGACUGUUAUCGAUACUGGCACGCGACCACGCGGGCUGUGGGCUCUGCGGCAUCUUACAUCGCGGCAGCGUCGACACUUUGGCGACAGCGAGCCCGCAGCGAUGGAGGAAGAGCGCACAAUUACCUUGGAUCUCGGGUCGUCGCCCGAUCCGUUAAUCGACCCAGCCCUCAGUCCGCCGAUGAUGCCUCCUUCACACAUCAAAAAGAAGAGCCCGGCUGCACAACGCCUCUACACGGUGCUUGCGCCCUCGCCCAGGAAGCAGACUUUCGAGUUGGAUGUAGGAAAUGAGCUGGCGCCACAGAAACUGCUUGUCACGGUAGAGGCCGAAGACGAUCGCUCGCGCAGCACCAGUACCAGCCGCCGCCUCUUCCAGUCGCCCACGCCGAAACGACGCGCCACACCGCGGAGGGCAACAACAGUCAGCACCACGACCGUGCCCCUGCGCGGCCUGAGCGACGACGAGGGCGGCGGCAGGAGCAAUGCGACGCCAAAGCGGAGGGGUCGGCCCCGAAAGUCGGGUACGCCAGUGCCGACCCAGCGCAAGAGGGCUGGCACGCCAGCCAGGAGCAGAAAGAGCGGGAUACACAUGUCGGUCUCUCCGGAGAGGGAUAUCCUGACGUCGGACGCCAUUGACCAGUCCACGCCGCGCCCAAGCGGCCGGCCGGGGAGGGCCGCGAAACGCAAGGCGUCGUCACCGCCGAAGGAUGGUGGCGCGCCUGCAAGUCAACCACGGAAACGUGGGCGGCCGAGGAAACAGACGUUGGAUCCGGAUGAUAUCGCGCAGUCAGGGCAAGGGGGAACGCCACAACCGGCGGCAAGGGACAAUAGCUCCAUUGCCGCGGCGCACGACAGUACGAGCGACCGUCCUGGGGAUGACAUGGAUGAGGAUAUCUGGCUUGCAACCAUGUCGGACCAGCCGACACCAGCCGCGCGGAGACAGCAGCAACUCCACGAGUCAGGGCACCCUGCAGCUGACCACUACUCAGAGCUAGAACCGCAGUUGCCACGGACGGAGCUCGACUACCAGAAUCAGUACGAUUGGCCGGAAAUGGGGGACGGCCCAGAUUCCCACAGCGACGCCGGGUCACUGACAGGCGAAGACCACGACCACCAUGAUAUUGGCGAGGACACCAUCAUGGCGGGGGAGGAAUUCACUAUGAUUUCUCUCGGCUCCUUGCCGUCGAUGCAACCGAACUCGAGCGUCAUGGCGCCGCAACACCAAGAACUCGGCGAGGCGACGAGCAUGAUCAUCAGCGAGGCAUUAGAAUACUUGAGACGGAGCCGGAAUAAGUCGAGUGGGGAGGAGAUGCACGAGGAGGCGGCCGCUGCUGGCGGCGAAGCGGAAGUAGCCCCGACUGCCACGGAAGCCGCAGAGGAGAUUCCCAUCCAGCAGCCGGAAGAACCACAGCCUUCCCCGCCCCCACCAAGAUCGCCGCAAGCAUGGUGGAACAGAAGUCCUCGCAGGGCAAAGGCGCAGCCGCUUGCGAAACAAUUGGCGCGCAAGACCCUUCAGCAAGCAGAACGUCGGUCGCCAGCGCCCCGUCCACAACAAGGCGAGCGGGCCGAGCCCCAGGAUGCCAGCGCGUACGAAGAUUCCUUCUCCUCGAUCCCGGAGGCUGUGCUCGCGGCCGCAACACCACGGCGACCCCGCCAGCUCCCGUCAUCGCAAGCGGAAGAGCGCGCAGUCGAGGACAUCCAGCCGUCCAUUGAGCGGCCAUCAAGAGUGAAUCACUCCAACCCCCAAUCUGAGACGAAUAGGCUGUUGACUCCUGAUGAGACACCAUCCCCGGCCCCCUCCGAUACAGCAGACCCUGAGCCCCAAAACAACCCCCCGAUACCCGCGCCGGGCGUUGACGUACCCUCCUCACCGCCGAUCGGGAGUCCCCUGCAGCAUGCUACCGGUCCCGAGCCCCAACAUAUCAGGCGCAAUUCGACCGAAACCCCCGCUGACCAGCUAACUUCUCUUGCAUCGUCCAACACGGGAUUCCGAGCCGUGCCGCCCAUCCCCAUACCCGCCCCGGAGCCUCAACGCCGACCGACCCUGUCCCCGAUCGUUCGCGCUGGCCGUGCGCUACAACUUAUUACCUCGGACCCGCCGUCUCCUCCCGGGAGAGAGAGCGUGCUUGGGAGUCCCUUCCGAGGUUCAUCCGUGCCCAAGUCCAGCCAGUCACCAGCACCGGUCCUUCCUCCAGCGCCCGCGGCCCGAGUCAGCCGAUCGCCUGUGCAGCCACAAGUUGAUACUGUCGCUCAGUCCCCACAGAGGUCGUGGCUCGCGCCCCUGAGUCAGGUGAAGGACUUCUUUGUCCGCAGCGCCCAGUCGCUCUCCCCUGCUCGGCGGGUAUCGGUUUCUGGCACAGAAGGCAUGGAUGACCCGUUCGGGCCGGACCCAGGCGAGUCGACGGGAUCGGGCUCUGUACGGGGUACCUUGUUCAAUGGGCUUAACGCGCGGCACCAAGACCGAGAUGCAACCAUCAGCAUCGCUAGCUCGCCACGAGCCGGUGGGGUCAAUGGGGAAGACACUCUGACCCGGCAAGACGCAGGCAGCCGUGCCGUUUUCUCUCAGAGACCGACACCUUCGCGCCCUACAGAUUUGGCCAACCGUGGAUUCUCGGGGGCUGGCAGGGGCUGGCCGAGGAGCUCAGAACCGUCACCGAACCAAGCAGAAUCAGCGAUGGCGCCUGAAGCCCCGGAACCGCACGCGGAUCUGGGCCAGCAGGCUGAAGCGCAUGAAGAAGAGCAGGAAGAGGAAGAAGAGGAUAUUUGGACCAUCGAAGCGCAGCGUCCCACCCCGUAUGCGCCCAGGAAUGGGGCGUCAAGGCGCGAACCUAUAAUCGAACCCCCACGAAGAGGGAACACAUCAAGCACGUCGAGACAGAACAGUUGGUAUUUAAGCUACAAUGAUGAGGUGGAGCAGCUCGCGGAUGUAAACGAUGCUCCAUCUGAAAAAGUCGCUUCUUUGAAUGAUAAGGAAGGGCCCAGCAUUGCCGCUCAAAAUCGAGGGCAGCAAGUACCAGUCCGGUUUGAAAGAAACUCAGCGUCGAACGAGGAAGAAGAGUUCAGCCUGCUGGCCCAAAAUCGCCAGAAGAAAGCACCGGCGCUGCCUAAUCCUCCGGGCAGAAAGCCGGAUCUCUCUGCCUUCUUCUCAUCUCCUGCGGUGCUCCCAGAGGUGCCAGAAGCGCGUGGCGCUGGCGUCUCGAAGCCACUUGACUCACGGAGGCCGGAUCAGUCGAACCGGGUCGGAGGGAAACCAGGGGCCAUGCCGGUUCAAAAGCCACAAGCAUCUGGACAUGGCUUGUUCUCCCAGUACCUUCAGUCCGAAGCACAGACGCACAUGCCGUCCGUUCCACAGAAACGGCUUGAGAUCGGGACUCGCGAGAGGAGUGUCGACUUGUACUCUCCUCCACGGAGGGCCUCUGAGCGGAACAUCACUGAGCAUCCAGCCCCUCCACCACCGCAGUCUCCCUCGUUAGAGAGACCAGGGAGGGAAGCCAGGCCGGUACAUGUUCCUCAACAGAUGGGUCGAGUGCCUCGCCAGCAGUCCGCGAGCCCUGAAAUGCCGCCCGCCCCGGUCCUACGGACUGCGUCUCCAGAAAGUGCGGAAGAGGAGGCAUCGCCGGCUCGCAUCCCGCAGAAGAUGAACUUUACCCCUCGGAAACGGGAUUCCAACGGCACGCUCUUUCAACCUAGGCCCGUGGCACCGACAAACCCGCUAUUCGGUAACAAUCAGAUCUCCGCCUUCUUCUCCCGAGCCCGUCCGCAGACUCAACGAUCGUCCCGUCGACAGGAGCAAGAUCAGGAGGAGGAGGAGGAGGAAGAGGAAGCAGAACAGAGCAACUUCGCGCCGCCCCCGCCCAAGGCCCUCAAUCCCCGCGCCGUAUCACCAGCCAAAUCCAGCUUUCGCUCUCCACUCAAGCCCAAGACGCCUGGCCGUGUUGUCGAGUUCACCAGCAGCACCCUUUCUCCUCAUGCGCAGGCACAGGCUCGAGCGGAGCAGCGCGCAAACAGGAAGGGGAAGCGUUGGACAAACCGGGAGGCGCCAACUCUCCGAACCACCCUCCGUCUCGCCGUCACCCUCGCCGUCACCCUCGCCGUCACCUGA